AAUCGCGAACGAUCGUCGGGAUGCAUCAGCGAGGAUGAAGGAGUCGCUUCCCGUAGCUGUUCUUGCAAAAUUUUCCGCGUGACAUGAAUUUGGAAAUUCCGAUAACUUUUUCGGAUCACGCUUUGCGGAAGUCUCGAAUUGCUCUAUAUUCUGGUGAAUACAUAUUGAAACCACCAUGUGGGAGGACGAACCUGCACCAUGGGACAUUGAAGCGCCCGCACCCGAAGGAGCCACCGCUGAGGGUACAGCAGAAGGUGCGCCCGUCGAAGGAGCCGCUUCUGAACAGCCGGUUUUGAAACUGGAGAAAAUCGAGCCUCCUCAUUAUAAUCAUCAUUGGGUUCGACCGCUGUUCCUCAACUAUGAGUAUCUUUAUGACUACAGGAAGAAUUACUACGACGACGUGAUCGACUAUCUCAAUCAGAGGCAGAGGGGUAUGUACCGCGAGCCGCCUAGGGCCCAGGAAUGGGCAGAGAGGGCUCUGAGGACCUACGAUCAGAAGAACAUGGAAAAGAGCCACAAGAAGUCGUCCGACAUGAAGUUCAUCACCAACAUGAUAUUCACGUCGAGACAUUAUAGCUACCAUACCCGUGCUUACUACAGCUUGAAGUACCAGAAGAUCCUGUGAACUCGCCUCCUAAGUUAUAGGCCGCAAUAUCGUUCUCUCCCUUUCUCUUCAUCAGGUAUAACGAUACGCAUUGUAUAUUUGUACAUUCAUUCGGCAUAAUAUAUAUGUUCAUCGCUGGUGAUUCGCGUUACAAAAUACAGCAAUAUUUCCGACCUCAA